AUGAACCAUCCUCGGAGACUCUGUACGUGCGAUGAGACCAGUAUUGAUAUAUGCACAGUCCGGGACGCUGCGAGGGCCACGUCCGCGGCUCCCGCCUUUUACAAGGAAGCAGAAAUAACAAUACGCGUAAGCAUACGUGAAACAUCUCUUAAUGGAGGCCUAGGCUUCAACAAUCCCGUCUUUGAACUAUAUGAUGAAGCUAGGAGCAUAUUCCUGGGAAGACACAUCGAUUGCCUCGUCAGUAUCUAUACUGGCUCCUCUUCUCUAAACUCAGUGCCUUCUCCGAAUCUCAUUCAAAGCAAGAUCCCGACUAACAUCAUCGGUGCCCUCAAAAAGAUCGCCGUGCAUCGCGGGCAUGAUCACGACAGAAUGCUCCAGCAGUUCACCGAUCACCCAGGAGCGUAUUUCAGGUUCAACAUUGAUAUUGGUCUAGAGAGGAUUGGCCUAGAGGAAUGGAAAAUGCUCGGAGAUAUCAACAGUGUGACGACUGAAUACCUAGAAGGACCUGCGGUUAGGCCACUAAGGCUCAUUCAACAAGAUUCCGAUCUGCCCACGGAUGCGCCGUGGAACAUCUUCCUUACGGCUUUGCAAAGUCCCCAGAUCGAGGGCGUAUACUGUAUCAUUGAUGGCUUGGUCGAGUGCACGGAUUCUUCCCAGGAUCUGCUCUGGAGAACGAUGGAGAGAGAAUUGAAUACGAAAUGA